UCACGACGUUUUACGACAAUGCCGUGCGCGAAUACGCCGUCGUUACCGAGUGAAGUGCGUCCCUUCGGAGCAGAUACCGGCUGAAGAGAAACGCAGCAACAAGAUAAAGGAAUAUAUUUGGGGCUCCGUUUCCACCUGGACCAUCUCGGAGCGCCGCAUAUCUCCUCCGGAGCUUUAAAUUUAAGACGAGAACUCGAUGUGAAAGCCGGGCUGGAGGAAGGAAAGAGCCACGCUGGAGAAGGCAACUAGCUGAAUUACCAAACCGAGCUCGGUGGAGGAGCCUAGUUGCCUCCCAAGCGACGCUUUAAAAAAGGAAGGAGCGGAUACAUUCAGGCCAGACGGUGGUAAAAAUGGACUAUGAUUUUAAAGUGAAGCUGACCGGCGAAAGAGAGCGUGUCGAGGACCUGUUUGAGUACGAAGGAUGCAAAGUGGGUAGAGGCACCUACGGCCAUGUAUACAAGGCGAAGAGAAAAGAUGGGAAGGAUGAUAAGGACUACGCCCUCAAGCAGAUUGAAGGCACUGGCAUCUCCAUGUCAGCCUGCAGAGAGAUUGCACUGCUGCGGGAGCUGAAGCACCCCAAUGUCAUCUCACUGCAGAAGGUUUUCCUGUCACAUGCUGACCGUAAAGUAUGGCUGCUCUUUGACUAUGCUGAACAUGAUCUCUGGCACAUUAUUAAGUUCCACAGAGCAUCUAAGGCCAACAAGAAGCCGCUUCAGUUGCCUAGAGGAAUGGUGAAGUCUCUGCUCUAUCAGAUUCUGGAUGGCAUCCAUUACCUUCACGCUAACUGGGUCCUUCAUAGAGAUCUUAAACCAGCGAACAUUUUAGUGAUGGGGGAAGGGCCAGAGAGGGGUAGAGUAAAGAUUGCGGACAUGGGGUUUGCUCGUCUCUUCAAUUCACCGCUGAAGCCUUUAGCCGAUCUCGACCCUGUGGUGGUCACCUUCUGGUACAGAGCACCUGAACUGCUCCUGGGAGCUCGGCACUACACCAAAGCCAUCGACAUCUGGGCGAUUGGCUGCAUUUUUGCGGAGCUGCUGACGUCUGAGCCCAUAUUCCACUGUCGCCAGGAGGAUAUCAAGACCAGUAACCCUUACCAUCAUGACCAGCUGGACCGCAUCUUUAAUGUCAUGGGCUUCCCUGCCGAUAAAGACUGGGAGGACAUCAAAAAGAUGCCAGAACACUCCACGCUGAUGAAAGACUUUAGGAGGAACACAUACACAAACUGCAGCCUUAUAAAGUACAUGGAAAAACAUAAAGUUAAACCAGACAGCAAAGCAUUCCACUUGCUGCAAAAGCUAUUGACCAUGGACCCCAUCCGUAGAAUCACAUCCGAGCAGGCCAUGCAGGACCCCUACUUUUUAGAGGAGCCUUUACCCACCUCUGAUGUGUUUGCAGGCUGCCAGAUUCCCUACCCCAAGAGGGAGUUUCUGACAGAGGAGGAGCCAGAGGACAAGGCAGACAAAAAAAACCAGCAGCAGCAACAGGGAAAUAACCACACAAAUGGAGCGGGGCACACAGGCAACCCAGACAACAGCCACGCCCAGGGCCCGCCUCUAAAGAAAGUGCGAGUUGUCCCGCCCACCACUACCUCAGGUGGCCUCAUUAUGACCUCAGACUACCAGCGCUCCAAUCCACAUGCUGCCUACCAGAACCCUGGACCAAGCACAUCACUGCCCCAGAGCAGCAUGGGAUAUUCCUCUACCUCCCAACAGCCGCCCCAGUACUCCCACCAGACCCACCGCUACUGAAACAUCCCUCCCACACACGCAUACACACUUUAAUAGACACAUGUACACACAUAGCCCUCACCACGCCCACCUGAACGAAUGUACCGAGGGAUGUGGGGGGCGUCCAAGGCAACAAAACCCACCCUGCCUCACCCCACUUCACCUCACAGAGGGCACCAUCUCUACAGCAGUGCGUUAGACCUGAAAGAAAUGGUCUUCACUUUGUUCCAGAUAAAGAUAACACACCGCAGUAUUAGAAACACAGUUAUAGAGAAAACGUGAUAGGUGAGAAACAAAGUGGGAGGAAGGUUUUUAAAAAAAAAAAAGAAAAAAAAAGGAAAUUUUGAUUGAAUCCAAUCUUUUUCUGUUACUCGGAUAUAAGAGAAGAUGGCGUGGUUUAAAGGAAAUGUUAAUCUGUUCCGUCAUAUCCUCCCCCUUUCUUCUUAAUCUGUCUCCUUUACCUACAGCUUACCCCGGCUGGUUUACCCUUUUCCUGUCGAAGCUCGGAUGAAACUGAAAGCUGCUAUGUGACUGCCAGCAUUGACAGAUUCCCUGUCCUCCUGUCUGUAUGUCUGUCCGUUUAUUUUGUGCAAGCGGCCCUACAAGGGCCUCAGCUGAGGAUUGAACUGAGCUGCUGUGAAACAUGCUGGGAGGAUGUGGAGCCACUCGCAGCCGUGGCGUUGAGGGUUUUUGUUCAGAGAGGACAAAAAAAAAAAAAAAAGAUUUUAGUAGUUUCUAAUUUAAUCUGUUUUCAUGGUUCUGUUUUCAUGGCGAGAGCAGCAAAGCAGCUUGCGCUAGCUGACUGCUCAUGUGCUGUGAUUAAGCCUUACAACAUGAUGACAAAACCAACCAAUCGCAUGGAGGAUGGCAGGCGGAACAUGCAUUGUACUGUAAUGUAUUGAAAUAUUUUACAUGAAGCAAGUAUCCUGACAAUAAAAGUGGAAACAUCAACA